GACGCAUUCACGUCAAAUACGAACGAAAUUAGUCGGCAGCAUGCUCAUUCAACCGAGCGUGGAAUAAAUGAGUUUGGCUUAAUCCACCUAUAAUUCAGUCUGUGUUACUACGCUCCAGUGCCAGUAAAAUGAAAUUAAUUAAGUUAUCAGUUUUAUUUUUCUGUACUCACGUGUGCCUCGGUGAUUCCAUUAGUGAUGAUGAGGCAAAACGACAAUUGGCACAGGGGGAACGGCAACUCGGUGAUCACAUCCGAAUGAUUUUGAAACAUUAUCAGCAGGAUGAUCCAAUUGGACUUCCGGGUGCACCAAUACCCGAUCCUAUGUCUAUACCUGAAUUAAAGCAGACAUUCACUGCAGUCACUAUGCAUUUUACUGAUGUCAAUGUCUAUGGGCUAUCGAAAUUUCGAAUUGCCAAUAUCCAUUCGGAACUUGCGCAGAUGCAGGUUUCCGUCGAACUAACAAUUGACAUUCUCCACAUCCGUGGACUUUACAAUGCACAAUACCUGUGGUCAGCGUCGGACGGUAAUUUCACAGUGAUCCUGAAGGACGUGGUCAUCCAGGGCUUGGCAAAGCUACAAGUUGGAAUUGACGGCAAACUAUACGCUGAGGACAUUGACAUGGACCUGACGUUUGGAACUAUUGACAUGGACUUCACCAAUCUCGAUGGGAUAGCAUAUCUCUUCCAAAGUUUCGUUAAUUCUCUGGGCUCAUUUUUGUUUGAUAGCAUCAAGCCCUUCAUCCUCAAGGAGGUCAACACAAAUGUGAAGGGAGAAGUAAACAAGCAAAUAUCCCAGUUACCUCAGUAUUUUCCGAACUCAAUUUCACCCUUCGAUAUGGCAGUUGCCGAAGCAAGGAAACAAGUAUCCGAUAUGGGAUACGAUCCAUACAGGAUUAAGGAUUAUUCACAGAGCGGGGGAAUUUUCACUGUCACGUCCACCCAUACUUGGCUCACUGGACUUGCAAGUUUUUAUCGCAUGGGCAAUAUUACCCUCACAAUGGAAAAUGGCACGGUUUACGCUGUAGUGGACGUUGGUACUCAAGAGAUUGAGGGCAGGACCCACUGGGAAGUUAGUGUGAUCGGUGGCUUUCUAUCUAGAGCCGGAACCGUCUCGUUCACGGUUCAGUAUUUUCGUGUUCAAGUGAAAUUGAGUCAGCCGCUGGAUACCAGGAAACGUGCUUCCCUCGAGGAGCUUAAUCUUGAGCUUGGCAAUAUUCAAGCAAGGAUACACGGUGCGGGAACGCUGGAUUAUCUUAUGGAAGCCGGGAUAAACGUACUACCAAAUUUAUUGAGGUAUCAAAUAAUGGACGCCAUUGAGGGGCCACUAAAGAAACGCCUUCAGGAUGAGCUGGAUAAAGUAGAUGUAGAAAAGCUGAUUCACGAAAAAAUACCCGAGAUCGAGGAGAAGGCGAGACAUCUUCAAGGCAUAGUACCACCCGAGGAUAUUAUCCUUGAGGAAUCCGUACCACCCCAAACCCUGGAUCAAGAGCCGUUCUCCGAGAGCGAGGAGGAGCGCGGACCCUCAUAAAAUUCUUAAAUUACAUUCUCACAUACACAUUCCAACGUUCAUGCCAAAAUACUGUUAACAGCAGUGCACUCAGUUCUUUAUCUCGAGACACUUGAGAAUGUUCAAUUUAGUUGUAGGAAUAAAUUCACUUAGGCUAUAUUUUUUCUAUUAUUUCGAAAAAAUCACGGGGAAAGGAGAAAAUUUUCUCCUGUUGUUCAUUAUGUAAUAAGAAAUGCCUGUAUGCGGAAUUUCAGAAAUGUUGAAUCAAUUUUUAAUUAAAAUUGAAUUGAAAUUUUGUUGUCAAUUUUCAGAUUUUUUAGCUGUAUAAACUGUUAUGAAAAUCGGAAAUGUAGCUACUACAUUUAUUUUUUCUGCCCAACUGUAAAAAAGAUUCCAUCAAAAUAAAAACCAAAUUAAAGUAAA